AUGGUCGAAUGGACAGAUGCUCAAAUCCGUAUACUCAUUGAUGAACGUAGAAAUAGAAAUGAGGAAUAUCAUAAUCUCGGAAGGAAUCAAACCGAAUUUUGGGCUAGCGUUGCAACCAAAAUUAAUCGAGAUCACAAUACGAGCUUUAAUGGGUACCAAUGUAAAGAAAAAUUUAUGAAUCUUGUUCGGGAUUACAAUUCGAUGUGUGAGUAUAUGGCAGGGAAUAGAAAAACACGAAGAAGCCGGAUGGGUACGCAAUAUUUUAACGAAUUCCGUACACAUUUUUGGGGGAGGCCUGAAGAUGAUUUCGAUAGAAUCCGUAAUAUUAAUAGUUCUAAUCGUAGACGACGUGGAAUUGGGGGAAAUAAUACGCCAGCACCAUCUAUUGGGGAAAAUCGAAGAAGCCGAAGAUCAUUGUUGUAA